ACGCUACGGCAGGCAGGCAGCAGCCAUGGAGCCGGCGGCGGCUGGCGGCUCCGAGGAGGCUUUCUGCCUCCAGAAACUGACCAUAACAGAUGACUCUACAGAUGAUUAUCAAUAUGAAGAGGUUCCAACAGAUGAUGAAUUUAGUCUUGAGGAGGAGGAUGAUGAGGAUCUGUCAAAGGCUCUGCAGACUAUUCAAGAGCAAGCUGAAGAUGCACGGAUUUUAGCUUUGCAAUCAGUUCUGACUUCUGACAAAUCAGUGUCUGAAAUACCUGGAACAACUGACGACUUCUUCUGCAAUUUCCUGGUCAGAAUGGGAAUGUCCAGAACCCUUGACUGUUUCCAAACAGAAUGGUAUGAACUCGUAGAGAGAGGUGUGGUCAAAGUUGAAGAUGCUGGAUUGGUUCCAUCUGUGUAUACCCGCAACCAACAACUUGAGGAUGAGAAUAUGCAACUGAGGAAAGAUUUGGAAAACUAUAAACUUGCAGCAAACAAAACAAAAGAAGCUAUCCUAAAAUUUCAGAAGGAACGUGACUUCCAUCGAAUGCACCAUAAGCGAGUGCUCCAGGAGAAAGCCAAGCUUAUUUCUGACAUUAAAAGGCUGAAGGCACACUGUGCAUCAUAUGAACCACUGCUGAAGCAGCUGACUGAAAAAUACCAGACGAUACUGAGACAGAAAACAUUAACUAGUUUGGAGAGAGACAGAGCAGUUGAGCAGCUUACAGGUUUGCAAGCCAAAUUGCAAAAUUUUGAGUCCAUACAUGCUCUUCAGAUUCCUGUGACAAAAGUGGGCCACAAAUGUCAAAUGAAGGAAGGGCUGGAGGGUCCCACCCAGAAAGCUCUUCGGGAAGCCAGGCAAAAAAAUAAAAUCCUUGGUGCUGAAAACUCUUCACCAGUCAAAGAUGAAAGGAAGAGGAUAGGCAAGAGAUACCCAAAGGGAAUAAUUGGAAACUGAUGAAUUUAAGCUAGCAAAGUACUUUGCAAGAGUCUGAUGUAAUCAACCUGCAGAGGAAGAGCGACAACUUGUUACUCCAUUCGCUUUCUUUUGUAACCGGACAAGUCCUGACCUAUUCCAUGCUGUGUACAAAACCUUUCCAAGUAUUUCAGUGUGUCUGUUGCAGCUGGAUUUAAAAGGUAUAACAUCUGGGAGACUAAGAACAAAAAAUGAGUCAUUUCUUGAUAGUCAAUGGAAAUUUAUAAACCUGAGAAUGCCAAAUGGAUGUGGCUGUUUCAGUUCUGGAGUUGUGGAAAUAAAAAUUAAUCCCUAAUUACUUUUUUUAA